UUUGUAUUUUUUUGUAAAAUUAGUUAUUAAAAUCAAUCAAUUUAUUGCACUUGCCUGUCUUUUUUCUCUUUCUUUUUUCUGCUGCCUUAUAUAGCAUAAUUCACUUUAUCAUCACUUUACAAACAUCUUCAGCACAUCUGAUCCAUGCACUUAUCAUUUCUUAUGUCCUUGCUAUUACUGUAUCAGCUCCCAUCAUUAUACACCUUGUUCAGUAUUAUGCACCCACUUAAUCAACAGCCAUCACACACCCACGUCUUUAAUUAGUACCACACCUUCACGUUUUGAUGCAACUGUGCAUGCACAACUCGCCGCAAGGAGAAAUCAGUCUCUCCGCUCUGAGCUAAUAGGAAAUCCCUGCUACUAAAGAAGAGAUCAUGAUUAAUGCUUUUAUUUGUCUCUUGUUUGUUCUGGUCUCCUGUACACAGUUUGUACAUUGUGACUAUACUGCUGAAAUAAGGAUUUUCUCGUACGGUAAUCCAAGGAAGAUACAUAGGUCAAUUGGAGCUGGUAAUUCUCUUACUUAUUGCUGCUGUGACUGUAGUGGCCAACCUACUUGUUGCAGUCCUAGUGCAUCACAAUCUUGUUCACGUGAUUGCAACACUAGAGUGCUGAUCUGUAUUGCUGAUAAGUAUUGUGUUACAAGCACUUACACGGCACAAGGAAAUCAGACAUUCACUAAUACUGCAUUUGAAAGUUUAGCUAAUCCUAUCUACAUUAAUGUACCAGGAGCAUUACCUUUUCAAGUUAAACAGCUCUUCCAGUUCUUUUUAUAUAGAAGUGCUGAUAGCAUGCCACUGAUUAAGGAAUUCACUGAAAAUGCAGCUGUACGUUUAGACAUUAUGCGAGAGUUUUUCAAUGAAGAAAAUUUUGUAUCACUUCAUUAUAACAUAACAUACAUAUGCUCUAAUGAUUAUUAUGGCACAACCUGCUCGCUCUAUUGUAAAGCAUACAAUGAUAGCACUAAUGGACAUUAUACCUGCAAUUCUGCUGGACAGAAGACUUGCCUGGCUGGCUAUACUAAUACUAGCAACAACUGCCUUGAAAGAAUAAUAGUCUGCAGGGAAGGCUGUCAUCCUACCGGAGGCUAUUGUACAGUAUCUAAUCAAUGCUUGUGCAAUAAUGGCUGGACAGGAACAAACUGCGACAUAUCCACAACCUGUUCAUCUUGUACCAAUGGAGUAUGCUAUGAACCUAAUGAGUGUACCUGCAAUCAUGGCUGGAUUGGAUUAGAUUGCAGUACUCCAGUUUGUGAUCCUCCAUGUAAUGGUCCUGGUGGACGCUGUUACAGUCCUAAUAACUGCAGCUGUUAUGAGAACUGGAGUGGGAGGCUGUGUGAUAUACCCCCAGGAGAUAGUUCUGGCACUGGUACAUGUAGUAACACUACACUGUUGCUGAGUAUACUCGAUACAGUAAAUUCCAUCAACGAAGCUACUACAUGUAGCAAGGACAAUGCAACUGCACUACUGUCUACUGUACUAAGUGCAGUGAAUGGUUCUGGCAGUGGUACAUGCAGUAACACUAAUAACACUACACUGUUGCUAAGUAUACUCAAUGCAGUAAAUUCCAUCAAUGAAACUACUACAUGUAGCAGGGACAAUGCAACUGCACUACUCUCUACUGUACUAAGUGCAGUGAAUGGUUCUGGCAGUGGUACAUGCAGUAACACUAAUAACACUAAUAACAAUACACUGUUGCUAAGUAUACUCAAUACAGUAAAUUCUAUCAAUGACGCUAGCAAGGAAAAUGCCACUGCACUACUCUCUACAGUUCUAAAUGCAGUGAACUCAGUUAGUGAGGCUAAUACUGCAGAUGAUGAUGAUGAUGGUAGUGCUAAUAUAGCCAUGUAUGUCUCUAUAAUUAAUGUUAUCAUUAAUAUCAUUAUUGUGCUGCUCCUAAUUGGAAUAUGUGCCUUGUAUUUUACUCGUAAAACAAGGCAGUAUGAUUUAAAAGGAUCUGAGCUAACUAAAAUUUGAGGAUAUUUAUUAUUAAUUUUCAAGUCCCUUCAUUAAAAAAAUUUUUUUCCAGACAUUUUUUGCUUUCUUCAUUGUUACAAGUUUUGUAUUAAUUUUUUGGUA